AUGUUUUCUUGGGCAUCUUCAAGAAGAUCCUCAGGGGUUGUUUUGGGUGUUCAACGACUCAGCUCUCGCACAUUGUUCAGUAAAUCCCAACCCUCAUCAUCCCCAUCUUCGUCUUCUUCAUCAUCUGGCUGCAACAAAGAGUACAAUCACAAGGGUAGAUCAUCAGGCUCCUCUAGCAAGGGUAGUACAUUUGAUUUGAUUCAGAGGUCACUUUCUUCAGCUGCUCUGAUUCUGGGGUCAAGCAUAGGCUAUUCUUAUUGGUCUUCUUCUUCCUCGGAUCGAAAUCCAUCUGUUUGUUUUGCUGAUGCCAAAGAGGAGGCAGCAUGGCAAAUCGAGGAUGCAGAACAAGUCAAGUCCCUAUUUUCAAAUACAUUUAGGAGAAAGAAGUUCUUUACGUAUGAAAAAAAGUUGAGAGAGAGAAGUACCCAUGAAAAGAUCUUCAAUUACUUUGCAUCAGUUAAAACCUCAAGUGGAGAAUGCUUCAUGACUCCUGGGGACUUGAUGCGAGCUGUUGUCCCUGUGUUUCCUCCCUAUGAUUCAAAUCGUGUUCGAGAAGGCUCUCUACAAGGGGAGAAUGAUCCUGGCGAAUUGCAGUGUGCUCCUUCUAAGUUCUUCAUGCUUUUCGACACUGAUGGUGAUGGCCUCAUUUCAUUUCAAGAGUACAUAUUUUUCGUCACUCUCCUCAGCAUUCCUGAAACGAGUUUUACUGUGGCAUUCAAAAUGUUCGACCUUGACGACAGUGGAGACAUUGAUAAGGAAGAGUUUAACAGAGUUAUGGAAUUGAUGCGAAGUCACAACAAUAAAACCAAGGACGGCCACAGGGUUAGAGUCGGUGUAGAAGAGGGAGGCAUACUCGAGUACUUCUUCGGCAAAGAUGGCAAAAAGGGCCUUAAGCAUGAAAGAUUUGUUCAGUUUUUCAGGGAUUUACACGAGGAAAUGUUGCGCUUGGAGUUUGCUCAUUACGACUACAAAGCAGAAGGAGCCAUAACAGCUAAAGAUUUUGCCUUGUCCUUGGUUGCAUCUGCUGAUCUCAGUGACUUGUACAAGUUGCUGGAUCGUGUUGACGAUAUUAACAACGCCCCACGUCUUAACAACAUACAAAUCACAUACAAGGAAUUUAAAGACUUUGCAGAGCUACGCAAGAAUCUGCAGUCUUUCUCUUUGGCCAUUUUCAGCUACGGCGAGGUUAAUGGGGUUUUGACAAAAUCAGAUCUCCAGAGAGCAGCUUCCAAGGUAUGUGGCAUCAAUGUUACAGACAAUGUGAUUGACAUAAUCUUCCAUGUAUUUGAUGCAAACGGUGAUGGUGAUCUAAGUGCGAGUGAGUUUGUCAAAGUUUUACAGAACCGUGGAGGUGAACCUGUAGAGUCGGGCCUCAGGGGACUCCUAACCUGCUUCUUAAACUGUGCAACUAAAAGCUGCUCCUAA